UUUUUUUUUCUAUUUUUUGGUCCUAAAAAAAAAUUUGCAAAUUGUACUUAAGUGUGAUUUACAAAAUUAGAUAAGUGUUAAAUUAAAUGAACAGAUAACAAGUGUGUUGUAUGUGGUGAAGGUGUUCUCGGUUCAACGUGCGCUUGGAAUGUCCAAUCGUCAGGUAAAAUGAAAUGUUUUCUGUCCGUUUGGUAAUUGCAGACAGUUAUCAAGCUUCACCGCUUAUUCCAUUUGAUUUAUCAGUCUCAGAAUUUCGAAAUUCUAGAAUUAAAUAUGUACCAACAAUUAGAGUCUUUGGUUCCACUCUUUCAGGCGAAAAAGUUUGUUUACAUAUUCACGGUGUAUUUCCAUAUAUGUAUGUACCGUACGUUGGUGGAGACAAUCCUGAAGAUUUUACACAUCGUUUAGCAAAAGCUUUAGAUUACACAAUUAAUGUUUCACUUGGCUCUGCUGGAUCAGACAAUCAACAUGUAUAUAAAAUUCAACAAGUUAAAGGAGUGCCUUUCUAUGGUUAUCACGAAAAAUUUCAUCACUAUUUUAAAAUUUAUUUUUAUAAUCCAGCUAUGAUUAAGAGAGCAGCAGAAUUAUUACAGAAUGGUUCAAUACUUAAUCAAACACUUCAACCACACGAAGCGCAUAUUCCAUUUAUUUUGCAAUUUAUGAUAGAUUAUAAUUUAUAUGGAAUGAGUCUUAUAAAUUUAAAGAAUGUAAAAUAUCGUCAAGCAAAUCGUCGUGGACCAGAUGGUAAAUUAAAGAACGAAUCUCUUACUCCACAUUUUGAAACAAGAGAUUAUUUACCACCCACUAUUAAGAGACAAAGUACUUGUGAAAUUGAAGUUGAUGCAUGGGCGUCUGAUAUUUUAAAUAAGGAAGCAAUUGAAAAAGGUUUAGAUGUAAAUCCCGGAUUAGCUGCAAUUUGGAAUGAGGAAAGAGCCAGACGAAUGUUGGCAGGAUUCGAUGGAGGAGAUUCACAAAUAGCACCACCAAAAAGUCCAUUUAGAACAAAUUUACCACCAACCGAUAAUGAUUUAUUACAAAUGCAACGAUUUCAACGAAAACUCAUGUUUAUCACACAAAAUGAUGAGAGUUCAACUUCUUUUAAUUCAGAUUCUUCGUAUUAUCCAGUUGAAGUUAAUGAUAAAAUUAAUUUAAUUGAUGCUUCACAUCUUGAAAGACACAUUGGUCCAAAAAAUGAUGAAGAUAGAGUGAAAAUAGUAAAUGAUUUAUCAACAUCGUCAGAUACAGACAUGUCAUUGCAUCUUGAUCAAUCAGAGGAAUUACGAGAAUUACGAGUUAAUCUUGAAAGAUUGCCUCUGAAAAUAAAUGUCCAAUUAUCGAUAGAAGAAAGUCAAAAUAGAACACUUGAUCAAAGUAUUUUUGAUGUAGAUGAUGUGCCACUUGUUGAUUUAUUGGAGAAAUUAGCUGAAAAACACAAUACUGAUGAACAAGUCGACGAAGAUAGUAUUUUAGGAUCAUAUUGUUCGGCCGUUGCCAGUGAAUAUAAAAGUGACGAAGAAGUUGAAAAUGAAGUUCCUGAUUUAAAUCUCACAGCACUUGAAAUUGAUAGCUUGAGUUUAAAUCUAGACUCAACGCCUAGUUGUUCAGGUAAAUCGAAAAAGUCUGAUACGUCUUUUACUUUAUUUUCCUCGUCACUCGAAAGUAUAAAUAAAAAUGAUAAGAAAGACAGUCAAAAUUCUUUAAAUAUUCCUCAAUUCGAUGGCGCAAAUGAUUUACCAAGAAAAAGAAAUUCCAGUUCUGAGAGAAGUUCAUCAAGAAAAAAAAGAAAGAUUGACAAUAAAAAUAAAAAUACUUCAAAUGAUGUGAAUAAAACAUUAAAUUACAUUGAUAAAGAAUUAAAAAUAUCCAGUUCAAGUGAAAGUAUUUCCGAAUUGGAUCGCACAAUAAUUUCCAAUAAUGAAAUUUUCACAAUAUCUGAAACAAGUGAUAGCGCUGAAAAUCUUUCAGCAAAUGCAAAAAAUGAUUUCACCUUGGUAGUUGAAGAAAAAUUAAUAUGUAAUUAUAAAAAUGUUAAAAAAAAUACACUAGUCACUCGUAAAGAAGAUUUAUAUAGUCCAAAACGUACAUCGAAAAGUCCAAAAAAAUCAUCAAAAAGUCCAAAUAAAAAAUUAUUAAAAAGUCCAAGUCGAAGAAGUCCCCGUAAAUCAUUACACAGUCCUCGACGAAAUUAUUCGUCAUUAAAUAUAAUAGUCACUCCUUCUAAACGUCGAAAAGAACAAGAAAAACAACAAAUUCCUAUACAUGAUGAUUCCAGUGGUGAUGCAUUAGAAACUAAUUAUUUCACUCAAAAAAAUGUCAAUGAAAAUACUUUUAAAAUUGAGGCUCAACAUUCCAAAGUAAAGAAAAAUCUUUCCUUAUAUCAAAAGGAAAAGAUUAUAAAAAAUUUUGAUAUUCCCGGAACGAGUAAAAAUUUUUCCAAUUAUAAUUCCGAUGAUGAUAUACUUUUUUUAUCGCAAAAUUCACCUGUAGAACAACAUGCAAAAAGUAAUUUAAAUUUAUCCAAUUCACAGAAAUUUAAUUCAAAAACAAAAAUUGAAAAGAAUAAAUUCUUGUCAAAAAAGUCUCUAUUUGGAAAUAGUUCCUCAAAAUCGGAAAAUAAAUUAAAUUUAUCAUCAUCAUCAUCAUUUCAAAAAGAAGAAAAAAAAAUUGAAAAAAAUUACAAGGACAACGAAAGUGACGAGGAAUUAUUUCUAACACAAAAAUCUCAAUUCGAAAAGUCAAAGGAAUUUAAUUCAUUGAAAAAAACAUUUUUAUCACAAAAAUCAAAUGAAAAGAAACAAUUUAACUUAAAUACAUCAUUUUUUUCACAAAAUCUUUUCAAAUCACAAGAAGAGGAAAUAAAAAUUCAAAACAAUAAUAUUGAAGACAAUGAAAGUGAUGGUGAAUUAUUUUUAACACAAAAAUCUCAAUCGGAAAAAAGUAUUGAAGAUUAUCAAGAAUCAUCGAAAAAAAUUCUAAAUUCACAAGAAUCAAUUGAAAAAAUAUCGCCAAAUGAAAUCGAUAUGAAUUCUGCAUUUUUAAUUGAAAAAAAUAGAAAAGCUUCUGAAGAUGAAGAAAUUAAUAAAAAUUUACAAAAUGACGAAAAUUGGUCCCUAUCACAGAAUUCAAUUGAUGAAAAAUGUUUAGCUGAUGAUGAAUCAAGUAAAGGAUCAUUUCCCUUAGGACAAAAAUCAAAUUCAAAAACAAGUUCUCAAAAUGAUGUAAAUUCUUCAUCAAUGGAAUCAAAUGACAAAUUUAAUGAAAUUAAUUUAGAAAAAAAUGAUAGUAUUUUAUCACAAAUUGAAAAUAACAAUAUUUAUGAUCAAGAAACUGAUUCUUCGGAUUCUGAGGAAAAUUUGGAAAUUUUACUGAAAAAUUUAUCAUAUUCAGAAAAUGAAGAUGUAUCAUCUAAAAAUUGUGAAUUAAUUGAGGAAAUAAUUGAAGAAGAACAAAAUCUAUCAAGUGACGAUACAUUAAAAGCAGAAGAUAUAAAUACAUCUGAUUUGAAAAUUGAGGAAGAAAUUAAUAAUGAAGUGUGUGAUGCAAAAAAAUUGUUAACCGUUACUUUUACCGAAUUCACAAAUACUGAAUUAAAUUCUAGUUUCAAAACAAUGAGAAAAUCAAAUUUACAUUUAAAAAAUCGUUUAAUAUCAAUAACAACAAAAUUUUGUGCACCAACUCGUCAAAAUAUUAUUGACAGUAUGAAUAUCUAUGGUAUACCUUCAUAUAGAAAUCAAGAACCAUUUUACAGUAAUCAAAAUGAUGUACGACAACAUAAAGAUACAGCACAUCAAAUUAUAAAUAAAAAAGAAAUUUCCGAAUUUCCUUCAUUUAAAUCGCAAAUUGGUGGUGUUGUUGGUAUUAAAUUAUGGCGUCGAAUGAAAGUUAAUGAAUUUCAUUCGUAUAGUGGAAAAUUAAAUUCCGCUAAUAUUAAAAAAAAUCUUGCUGAAAGACGUUUAAUAACAAUCACUCCUCUUUAUUUACCUCCUGAUAGAAAAAAUGUCAUCAAUUGGAUUAAAAGUAAAAAACGUUUAAAACAACAAAAAGAUGAGAAAAUUUUGCCAAAAAAAGUUGAAAGAAUGAAUAAACAUAGAAAUCAAGAGAAAAUCGAUCAAAAUCAAAUGAAUAUAAAAGAUGAACAAGCGAAUAGUGGAAGUAAUAGUGAAAAUUUAUCUUCAAAAUCAAAAGAAUUAAAUAGUUCUGAAGGAAAAGAACGUGAGAGUAUUGGUAAUAAUUCUUCUUUGUACAGUACAUUGAGACAUUCUGAAAUUUUUACAAAUCAGAAGAAAAAUGAAAAAUUAAAAGGUGUAUCACUUGGACAAAUAGAUUUUUCCAUGGAUGAAACAAAAUCGGAAACUGAUGUUGCGAAUCAAAAUUUACAAAAUGCCAAAGCAAUAACAACAUAUCAAUAUUUGACAAUAUUGUGUUUAGAAGUUCACGUUACAACUCGCAAAGAUUUUCUUCCCGAUCCUCGACAUGAUCAAAUCGAAGCAAUAUUUUACAUUAUUCACAAUGACGUUCCACUUGAUUCAAAUGUAAAGCGUUUGGAACAAGGAGCAAUAAUUGUUGAUUUAAAUGAAACGCGAAAUUUACGGGGACUAUAUCCAGAAUGUAAAAUUACAUACGUAACAUGUGAAGCUGAUUUAUUUUGCAAUAUUAUUUCAUUGAUUGGCGAAUAUAAUCCAGAUAUUUUAAUUGGUUGGGAAUUAGAGACCCUAUCGUGGGGUUAUAUUUUUCAAAGAGCUGGACAUUUAGGAACAAGUUUUGCAUCGACCAUAUCACGAAUACCUGGAAGUAAAUGCUCUUGGGAAACUCAAGCAUUAGAUUUGGAAGCAUUAGCUGCUGAAAUUAAAUUACCUGGACGAAUUGUUCUUGAUAUUUGGCGUAUUAUGAGACAUGAAAUUGCUCUUUUAAGUUACACUUUUGAAAAUGUAAUGUAUCACGUGCUACGAAAAAGAUUGCCGUGCCCUUCAUUUAAAACACUAACUAACUGGUGGCAUUCUACAGUUUUACGUUGGCGUGUUAUGGAUUUUUAUUUGAAAAAAAAUUUAGGAACUUUGAAACUUCUGGAGCAACUCGACAUUAUUGGAAGAACUUGUGAACAUGCUCGUCUUUUUGGUAUUCAAUUUUUCGAAGUAUUCUCAAGAGGUUCACAAUUUCGAGUUGAAUCAAUGAUGUUUAGAUUAACAAAACCUUUAAAUUAUAUUCUUGUAUCACCGUCCGUGAGACAAAGAGCAGCAAUGCGAGCACCAGAAGCUUUGCCAUUAAUUAUGGAACCAAUUUCAACAUUCUAUAGUGAUCCAGUUGUAGUUCUUGAUUUUCAAAGUUUAUAUCCCAGUAUUAUAAUUGCAUAUAAUUAUUGUUUCUCAACGUGUUUGGGUCGUGUGGAACAUUUAGGACAACGAGAUCCAUUUGAAUUUGGCUGUACAACAUUGAAAGUAACAAAAAAAACGGCUUUGAAACUUCAGGGAAAAAUUAAUUUUUCCCCCGUUGGCAUUGGUUUUGUAAAAUCGGAAAUUCGUAAAGGUGUUCUACCUCGAAUGUUGAGUGAAAUUUUAAAUACUCGUUUAAUGGUGAAAAAAGCAAUGAAGGAUCAUUCAAAGGAUGAUCGAUCUUUACAACAGGUUCUUCAUAAUAGACAAUUGGGAUUAAAAUUAAUCGCUAAUGUAACUUAUGGUUAUACAUCGGCAAAUUUCAGUGGAAGAAUGUCAUGUAUUGAGGUUGCUGAUAGCGUCGUUAGUAAGGGAAAGGAGACACUUCAACGUGCCAUAAAAAUGGUGGAAGAAACACCAAAGUGGGGAGCACGAGUUGUUUAUGGGGAUACUGAUUCAUUAUUUAUAUUAUUACACGGAAAAUCAAGAAAUGAGGCUUUUAAAAUUGGUGCUGAAAUUGCCGACGCUGUUACAGCUGCAAAUCCAACGCCAGUCAAAUUAAAAUUUGAAAAAGUCUUACAUCCUUGCAUUUUACAGACAAAGAAACGAUACUGCGGCUAUUCUUACGAAACAAUUGAUAAUGAAAAACCGGAAUAUUUGGCUAAAGGCAUUGAGACUGUACGUAGAGAUGGCUGUCCAGCAUCAGCAAAGAUUUUAGAAAAAACUCUGAAAAUUCUAUUUGAAACAAAAGAUUUAUCCCAAGUGAAACAAUAUGUAACGCGUCAAUUGGAUAAAGUUUUUCGUGGUGCAGUGUCAAUUCAGGAUUUAACAUUUGCAAGAGAAUUUCGUGGUUUACGAGGAUAUAGUAAAAAUGCCUGUGUACCGGCAUUAGAAUUAACACGACGUUUAAUGAAAAAAGAUCCACGAGCUAUUCCACGAACAAGUGAAAGAGUUCCUUAUAUUAUUGUAGCUGGAGCGCCAAAUGAGGCACUUAUUCAUUCAGUACGAUCACCAAAUGAAUUAUUAACUGAUUCAAGUUUACGUCCAAAUGCUAUUUAUUAUAUAACGAGAGUAAUUAUUCCGCCUCUUAAUCGUUGUUUAAAUCUUUUGGGCGCAGAUGUUCAUCUUUGGUUCAGAGAUAUGCCACAUCGAGAAGUUCUGAGUAAAGUAUCUUUUUUACCGAGUGAUAAACAGAAAGUUACAAUCUCACAAUUUUUUAGCGCUCAUGUCUGUUUAUCUUGUGGUAAUUCAUCAGAGAGCAAUAUUUGCAAACAAUGUAUUGAACAACCAUGUAGAACAAUUAUUAUUUUACAUGAAAAGCUUCGUUGUUUGGAAAAAAAUAUAUUUAAUACUGAUGUGAUAUGCAGAUCAUGUACAGGUCAAUUGGGCAUUCCAGACUGUGAAUCAUUAGAUUGCCCUGUUACUUAUCGUCGUUCACAAGUAGAAAGGGAAUAUGCGUUGGCCCCCACGAUACGAAAAAUCAUCGAUGAUUGGAAAAUUUAGAAAAAUGAGAAUUAUGGAAACAAAAAGUUUCCGUUGUUAUUUAAAUUCUUAUAUAGGUAUUUUUCGAUAGUUUAAUUUAUAAUUUUUCAUAGAUAUAAAUUAUUUGUAAAUAUAUAAAACAUUUUUUUUUUUCAAAUUAUAAAAAACAAGACAAUUUAAAUUGCAAUUAUGUGAUCUAUUUUUCUUUCUUUUUGGCUGUGUAAUUAUAAAAUUAUUUUUAUAAUUAUAAAAAAAACAAAUAAAACAAUUAUUUAAAAUAA